UGGGCAUGCCAUAAACAUGAACUGUCAGAGCUCCAGGCUGAUUUGUUGGAUCUGCGCUGGGGCCUCCUGGCGCGCUCCGCGUUUCAGCAAGGGGGGCCCAACGCAGAUCCAAGAAUUCCGCGCGGACCUCCGAAAGCUCAUGUUUAUGCAGUCUUCUUCUCUAUUCGACAGCAAGCCAGCUAGAUCGCUCCUUCCAGCCACGCUCGCACGGCAUGUCGUUGGGGAAGUUCUCGCCUGCGGCCUUCGCGCUGCUGCUCGCGGCGGCUCUGGCGGCUCUGGCGGCGCCGCCGUUGGCCGGCAGCGCCGAGGGCGAGUGCGAGGACGCCAAGACGAGCGACGACGCCAAGACGAGCGACGACGAGGCGGCUCUGUUGCAGGUUCGCAGCUCUGGAAACGCCACUGGCAACGCGACCACGCAUGCCUCCAGCAAGGGCAACGCCACCGGCAGUGCCUCCAGCAAGCGGGCGCGCUUCGUGCCCGCUCCCGGGUCCAUCAUGCCGGACGACAGGUGGACAACGAGGGACUCGUGCUUCAUCAACGGCUACUACGAGAUGGGGCAGAAGACGGACGUCCUGUACGCGAGCCUCGGCUCCGCGGACGUCUACACCGCCAAGGUCCUGUGCGUGAACAGGCCGGGCUGCAAAGGCUUCUCGUUCUACCGGGACGGCGCGGGGGACCUGCACGUCUACUACGGCACCGCGUCCGACGGCAGCGGCUGGGGGUGCCCUGACUCCGGAUCCGCCCUACUUUGGGGAAAUUCGUAAAUAGGGCUUGGAAUUUCCGCCUUACUUUUCAAGCCCCGCUGAUGCCAAUUUCCGCCCUACUUUUCUGUUGCUGGUUCUGUGGAUUUCCGCCCUAUUUUAUGUUGGGUGCAGCAAUUUCCGCCCUACUUUUUCGGCCUCUGAUAGGUGGAUUUCCGACGCAAUUUUAAGUUGGAAAAAAAGCCAAAGUAGGGCGGAUGCGGAGUUGAGGUGCGUCGAGAGCCCCGGGUGGACGACCGUGAUGCAGUGCCACGAGCCGCAGUGCUACCUGCCGCCGCCCACCACCACCCUCCCCGGAGAGCCCGGCCUCCCCGACCCAGUCUGCACGGACUACGGCACGGCCUGGACCGACGGCACGGACGACUGCGCGGCCUACGCCGCCAACAGCAACGGCCGCAACGACGGCUGGUGCGCCGUCUACGGAGCCACCAAGGGCCCCGACGGCUACUCGGCGCAGGAGGCCUGCUGCGCGUGCGGGGGAGGCGCCACCAUCGUCGCGGGCCGGCCCUACCUGGUCCAGGGCGUGUCCUUCCUGGCCUCCUCGCGCCCGGACGAGGGCGCGACGGCCGCGGGCGGCUGGGGGGCCCCGGAGGGGCGCCUGGGCGGCGUGCCGGGCGGCAGCGGCCUCGCCGCGCGGCUCCUCGCGGAGGGCCGCCGCCGCGCCCAGCAGGUGCACGGUGAGCAGGACGUGGAGGCGCUGCUGGCACUGCAGGGCACCACCGCCGUGCCCGAGGAGACGCUGUCCGGCCUGAUCCGCUCCGCCAAGCAGGAGCUCUCCGCGGCGGAGCCCGCGGAGCUCGAGCGCUGGCGCGGCGCCGGCCUAAACGAGCACGCGUCCGUGGGCACGUUCGCGAAGCUGGGCAUGGAGCUCAUGGUCGCCGGGGCGCCCCCGAGCCUGUCGCGCCUGGCGGCGCGUGCGCAGGAGGAGGAGGUGCUGCACGCCCACAUCAGCCUCGCGCUGGGCGGCGCGCGCGAGGGCGGCGAGCUGCUGGAGUUCCCCGAGCACACGCUGGAGCUCACGCGCGAUAAGGGCGCCCUCCACCGCGCCGCGAUCGCCGAGGGCCUUCGGGGUGAGGGCCGGGCCGCGCUGGAGCUCUUCGACCAGGC